AUGAAAGUUUCAACGAUAUUAUUAUCUUCAUCAAUUUUAAUGGGAUCCAUUUCCGCAGCUGACUCGACAUCAGGAGGUUGGGUGGGACACACUCAUGAUUCCGCUCACGCUGCAUCAGCUUCCUCCUAUUGGGCAGCUCAUUCAACUGACCCAUCAGUUGCUGCUAAACAUUCGAAGUAUGAAUCAUGGUUAAGUUAUUCCUCGGCAAGCGCAGCUUCUGUUAAGAAGGCAGUUUCUUCCUCGACAUCUGGUGGUUGGGUGGGUCACACUCAUGAUUCAGCACAUGCUGCAUCAGCUUCUUCAUAUUGGGCAGCUCAUUCCACUGACCCAUCAGUUGCAUCAAAACAUUCUCAGUAUGAAUCAUGGUUAACUUCAUCUUCAAUAAGUGCCAAGAGUGCAAGUAGUGCCAGUAAGGCUUCCUCUGAGUCUGCUAAUGAAGGUGUGAGAGGUGAUUGUUUCAAAGGUGCCUUUGCUGCCACUAUUGUGGGAUUUCUAUCAAUGUUAUUAUGA